AGAAAAUAUAUAUGAAAUAUCAUAGAUUAUUUGCUGCCCAGGCAACAGUGCUAUCAUGUUAUGUCUAGCUGUAAGCUUUAUUGAUAAAGCUUAGGAGUGCAUAUUAUGCAUGAAGAAUUAAUUUGCUGUAGGUAUUCUAUAUCAAUUCAAUAUUUCUAUUGACGCGCGUAUCUUUAUCUAUCCUCAUAACAGAAGAGUGUGCACGAUAAUUAAUGUGAUGCCAAUCUAAUACGAACACAUCAAGUUCGGUCAAGAAUUUACCUCGUGUUUUGCAUUUUGCUUAUCCUGCAUUAACUGUUAAAUGGAACCUCGAGCAUAUAGCAGUCGUCAGUAAUAUAAGACAGUUUGUAUGAGACAUUUGAUUGUAUAAUAAUGUUUCAAUUAACAUUUUUGUGUGCUAUUUUACACAUGGUUUGCUAUGCUGUGUCCAAUCCAGCAACCAACUACGUCUAUAGCUAUGAAGAGGACGCGUUGUUUCGCCUACACAUCAUACCCGCCGUCUGGUCGGACGCCGCCUUACGCUGUCAACUCGAAGGUGGUGUUUUAGCUUCCCCUACCAGCCGCGGAAUGGCUCAGGCCAUGCUGAGCACGAUGGAAAUACACAAGCUGGCUACGAGCGUGUUCAUUGGGACAACAGGCAUUCUUUCUAAGGGAGACUUCAAGUCAUUGGACGGAACGGACCUGGCUAAAACCUCGCUGGAAUGGGCUGCAAGAGAGCCAAACAAUGCUAACAACGCUGAGGACUGCUUGGCAAUGAACGAACUGGGCGCGCUUGAGGACGUUAGCUGUUCCAACUUGCUCCCUUACUUCUGUCGCAAGGAGAGCACCAAGAAAUGCAGAGUCACGCAUGUCAAGUCUCUCUGUAAAAACCAUGGGUACAAGUGGGAGUCUGACACUGGUAGCUGCUACAAGUUUCAUGGGGCCGCCAAGUCCUGGCGUGUCGCCCUGGCCACGUGCCAUUCUGAGGGUGGACAUCUGGCCAUCAUCAACAACGAAAACGAGUCCAAACUGCUUAAGAAGAUCUACAAAGAGCACGUGGAAAAUAUUGUUGUAGCUAAAGAAAGCAGACAUGCUUUAAUUGGCUUCAGAAGAUGGGAUGACGGCGAGUGGGCGACUAUACAUGGUGAAUCGCUGGGGGAAGCUGGGUUCGGCCAAUGGUCGCCGGGCGAGCCCAACAACUCUGGCGAAGAAAAGUGUGGGUCCAUUCACGACAACGGACUGCUCAACGACGCACCAUGCGAUGAACCGUUCGCAUUUAUAUGUGAAAUCGCACCUUAACACGCGAUGACAUAUAAUAUAAAGCGAUGUACGGUAUUUCAUCUUUUUAAUGGCCUACAAUAUGUCAAUAGACCAGAUCCAUUUCUCUGCCAAUAUCAGAUAAAUAGGUAUUAUUCCACUAAGUAUCAAAUGGCUCGGAAUUCCACAUUGAUAGAGUUCGUCACAGCUAACUUUGUACCGACUGGAACAGAACAAACUGUGGAAAUGUCAUAAUAAGUAUAAUGAAAAAUGAAGACGAAAAAUAUUUUUAUUAUCUAUUUACAGACAUUAUAAAUAAACAUUUGCUGGGGCCUUUCUUUAGGCGUAUAAACAUAAUAUUUUUAUAGAAAUUGGAUAUUAAUGAUGACAUGGCUACACUUUGUCAUUGCAAAUGCUAUGCAGAGUUAGCUUGGUGACUGGUGAUUGAGCUAUUGAUACUAAUACGGUCCUAAUAUUAGUCUAAUGGCUGAAUCAACUUUUUUGUCAGCAAAAUUUGACCUACUUUGACUAAAAGUAAUAAAAUCAUUCGGGUUUAUAUCAUUAUUUUAUUCUUAGUAUAUAAAAACAGAUAAACAAGCUACGUAAUGCAAUAUUUUUUUAUAAUGAUUUGAUAUUUUAUAACUUGCUUAAGAGCAGUGACCCAGGGGACAAAGCUGUCCCACACUUUUGUAUGAAAAUAAAAGGAUGCGUCCACUGGGUCACCCAAAUUUUAAAUAAAAAAUUUACGUAUUUUUAUUUCUGCCGAAUCUGGCAUAUAUAUUAAGGAUCUUGUUUCAUUUUGACCAUGUUAAAACUUACUUACAAAAGUUAAACUAAUAGUGAUUAAGUGCAAUUCUUGCAAAAGAAAAUAAAAAAGUUGACUCACCUUAAUAUAAUUCUUUCGAGAAAUUGGCCCAAACUGAGGGUAGUAUUGUGUAAAAUUAAAUAAAUAAAACAUUAAGCUUCGUUUUUU